UUGAGAAAACGAACAAUUUCGAAUUCAGAAAUUCUUUUUGAAGACAACUGUUUCCAUCUUGUCCAUAGUCAUACGCUAUGUACAGGUCCUUUCAGCGAGUUGUGUAUGUGGGAAUCAUAUACAUUUGUUGUCAAAUACUCCUGAGCAUGGUGCAGUUAACCAAUACCUGUAUGCCGAAUCUUCAUUAUGGACAACACCUCGUUGGAUCAACCUUUAAGAUCACUGAGAAGGCCUCUCUGUUUUCCUGUGCGGCUGAAUGUGUUUCCUAUGGAAUAUGCAAAUCCUUCAAUUUGGAAUUAGACCGGAGAGUGUGUCAUCUAAAUUUUUUGGAUGACGUCCAAUAUUUGGAAGGAGGGAACGAUCAGAAUUAUGUUUACAGUUCAAUUAUGAGUUGGAACAAGACAGCACUUGGUCCAUGUCAUGAGAACCCAUGCGGAUACACACAGAGAUGUAAUUUCAAGAGAAAUGGCAUCGUGCAUUGUGAGGACCAUUUACCUACUGUUGCGAAAGGUAAAACAACAAAUGCAAGUUCUGUUUGGGGGCACCAACCUAGUGUUGCAGUGGACGGGAGUAACUCAUCAGCGUGGUCAUCUGGCUCCUGUUUUGCUGUUGCUCAUGGUGAUUUCUCACCUUGGUGGCAGGUGGACCUGGGUCACUUGUAUCUCUUUGUGGAAGUUCGUGUCACCAGUAGAGGAGACUGUUGUCCUGAACGCCUUCACGACUUUGCUCUGGACGUGUACCAGGUCAACCCUCUUGUUGACCCCAAUGCUAGUCCACAACUGUGUUACAUGUACAACGGUGCCGUCACACAGCAUGGCAAGACAGUUGCCCUACAGUGUACUUCAACCGUGACUGGACGCUACCUGAGAAUUAGUGGAACGAAAAACAAUCACGACAUUUUGCAGUUUUGCGAAGUCCAAGUCUUUGGCUUCAUACAUUGCGAGCACUCUCCUCUUUAUACCCCCUGUCAGCCUCCUGAUCCCCUGAAGGGGAAGUCUAUGCCAUAUCUCGUGUAA